AGUCAAUCGGACUAUUCGCUAGAAAACUAAACAAAGAACAUGUUACUCUACGCUCUUAGUAUAUUCAGUGUCACGACAUUUGGAUUCUCAGCUGCAGAAUCUAUGCUUCCUGUAACCACCUGCAAACGGGAUUCAGCUGAUUUUUCCGCGUGUUUAAAACACUCUAUAGAAGAAGCAUGGCCACGAAUUGUUAAAGGACUUCCAGAAUUUGACUUUCCGACUUUGGAUCCAUUAAUUAUCGAACAUGCUACAGCUGUAAUUAAUUUAGGCGAGAUACGUGGGGAAUUAACUGUAUCAAAUCUCACUACUAUUGGUUUAUCGAAAAUUCGUUUUCUUGGCGUGAGAACGCAUUUUCUUGAUGACGUCUUUCGUUUGGAAAUUGACACGGAAAUACCGUGGUUGUUCACAGAUGGUUUCGUGGAAGUAAAUGGCACUAUAAAUAUGUUUAAAAUUAUUAGUAAAGGUUAUUAUAAUGAAACUCUAAAUGAUAUCAAAGGAACAUGGGAUUUAACAGGACAUGUAGUGAAUGACACAUGGAUUGUAGAACAUUUUCGUGUGGCUCCGUCAAUUGGAAAGUUUAAAAUGUAUUUCGACAAUAUGUUAGAACAAGGCAAAGAGUUUAAUGACUUUGUCGUAAAUUUUGUAAACGAAUACUGGCCAACUUUAUAUCGAAUAUCAUUACCAAUAAUGACUGAUAUAUAUGACGCUUGGCUGAUUGACUUUCCCAAUAAGAUAUUCUCAAAAGUCCCAUUCUCAGAAAUAUUUCCAUAAAAUUUAUAUAUAUAUCAGUAAAAAGUCAAAUUCUUCAAAAGAAUGAAAACAUAUAUUCAGCUUUAUAAACGUAGAUAUGUCAAAUAUGUUUCUAAAAUUGUGUAGUUUAGUCUUUAUAUUUUAACUAUUGUUUGUAAGCAAAAUAAAAAAAAUAACUUAAGGUAUUAA